AUGUUAAUUUCAUCAAUCCUAGGAUGGAGUUCCUUGUUUUUAAUCACAAAUUACUCUCUCUACAAAUACUAUUUCACUUAACCCCUCAAGGCCUUAACAUUAGCUUAAAUUAUUAAAAGAGACCUUUGGAAAUGGAGAUUUUAAAAAUGGAAAUCCUCAAUAAAUCGCUCCCCUUAUUAAAUAGAAUUGAAAUUUGGCCUAAAUCACAAACCGAUAAGUGGUAAUUACGUAUAACAAAAUAUUUAAACAAUCGGAGAAACACACGCAUUAUUCAUCAACAAUCAGAAUAAUUACUAACAUUUAACAAAUAUGAAUGUGAAAUAAAUUAAUGAUUUUCAAGUUGGAAUGAACCAAUUAUUUUAUUACAAUUUCCAUUCUGAUUACAUUUUAUUGUCAAUAUGCCACAAACUUGAUGAUGAAAAUAAUACCUAUAAUAUUUUAGUGCAGAGUAAGAAGUUUACAAGAAAGGAAGAGGAAGGUAAUUUGAAAGAAUUGGCAGGAGAAUACGUGUAUUUUAUUUUAAAAUAAGAUUCAAAAGUAAGGAUUUGCUAAAAUUUUGGGAAUAAAACCAUGGAUAUUGACUUUAUUGAUAGGAUCAUAUAGCAUACAAUUAAAAAUGAGAAGGUCAUUGAAUACAUAGAUUUAGAUGGAACAUGGUUUAAUGAAAACUCUUAAUAUUGUAAAUGUGUACUUAAGUUGGAUGAGCAAUACAAUUUAAUUAACAUAAAUAAAAUUAAUAAUUUCGAAAUAAUUGAAAGUUAGAAAAUGUAUGAUAAAAUAAUUGAUAAUCUAAAGAAUAAAACUAUAUUAUAUAUAAAUUGA